UGGCGGUUAUGAUUGUCAAAUCGUACAUCAAAUUUUUCGCUUAUUUUACCUUUUUGUCAUCAUUUACAUGUCAAUAUAAUUUUUUAUCAUCGUGAAGAGUAUUGAAAAAUUUGUAUAUUAUACCAUAACUUUCAUUCAAUAGAAAAGAUCAAAAAUCCUUUCACAACUUUAUUAUGCUAGUAGAUUAAUAAUCAUUAUUAUCUGUUAGUCCUAUUUUCAUCCAUAAAUAUUUCAUUGGUGAACCAAUCAUCAAAACUAAUUGCCUGUUUGGAUAAUUUCAUUCUGUUACAUGGAAAAAUCCAUGGGCAUAUUGCGUUUAUUUACUCUUCUAUAACUUGACAACUUUUAUACUUUUAUUAUAACAUAUAGCAAGUUUUUCUAUAGAAUUGCUAUAUGUAUAACUCCUAUGCAGUUUGGUGAAUUAUUCUAGUCAAAUACAAAAAUCAAGGAUUAUAUAAAAUUCUAAAAAAAUAAAUAAGUAUGGAGUGGUUGUUCGGAAAACGUAUAACUCCUGAAGAAAUGCUCAGGAAAAAUCAACGAGCAUUAAAUAAAGCAAUGCGUGAUCUUGACAGAGAAAGAAUGAGAAUGGAACAGCAAGAAAAGAAAAUUAUAGUAGAUAUAAAAAAACUUGCAAAAGAUGGACAGAUGGAUGCUGUUAAAAUCAUGGCCAAGGAUCUUGUUAGGACUAGACGAUAUGUAAAGAAAUUUAUGUUAAUGAAAGCAAAUAUACAGGCAGUUUCUUUAAAAAUUCAGACAUUACGUUCUCAAAACACUAUGGCUCAAGCAAUGAAAGGUGUUACGAAAGCAAUGCAGAAUAUGAAUAAACAAUUAAAUUUACCUCAAAUACAAAAAAUUUUGCAAGAAUUUGAAAAGCAAUCUGAAAUAAUGGACAUGAAGGAAGAAAUAAUGAAUGAUGCUAUAGACGAUGCAAUGGAAGAUGAAGGAGAUGAGGAAGAAAGCGAUGCUGUUGUAUCCCAAGUGCUAGAUGAAUUGGGUUUACAAUUAACAGAUCAAUUGUCUGGCCUUCCUCAAGCUUCUGGUUCUUUAAGUAUAGCAGGAUCAAAAAAACCAGUUGCAACUACUGCAGGGAAUGACGACGGAGGAAAUCUUGCAGAUGCUGAUGCUGAUCUACAAGCAAGACUUGAAAAUCUUCGUCGUGAAUAAAAAGGAAAAGAUAAUUAAUAUUUAUAUAUAAAAUUAUUUUAAGAUUAACAAAAUUAUUUUUAAAUAUUACAAUAGAAUAUAUUUGAUGCUUGUUCAAGUUGUGCUUAUGUAUAUUUCAAGUUUAUAUUUGUUUAGAAAGAUUACACUUUUUCAAAAGCUCUUUAGUAAUUUGAUAUAUUUUACAUAAAAACAAUGUUAUUUCUAUAUGAUUAUCUGUAGAAACACUGUGGCCUCAAGACCAAAAAGUAAUGUUUAAUAUAUAAUAAAAGAUACACUAUCU